AGGCUGCAAAUUGUCAGUGUCCUCUCCCAGCUCACAGUCGUGUGAGGGGUUGGCUGCUUAAUUCAAGCUGAUAUCCAGAGUGGAACUAUAAGAGUUAAGUAAGUCGCACAGACUCCUCUGUCGCCUGCCCCACCCACAAACACAGGACGUUUCCCGUUCACUUUGGCAGAGUGCAGCAGAUCGCUCAAGCCAUUCGAGUUGUAAAGCUUUUUUUUAAGCCACCCCUCGCGCAGGCCAUGACUGAGGCUGAGGCGGAGUAUCCCCGCAAGUUCAAGAAUGGAAUCACUAAAGAAAUCGAUCUGGUCAACCGGGAUCCCAAACAAAUCAACGAGGAUGUAGUUAAGAUAGAUUUUGAAGAUGUGAUUGCAGAGCCUGAAGGAAGUCACAGCUUGGACAGUGUGUGGAAAGUCAGCUUCACGACCUUCACGGUGUCGAAAUACUGGUGCUAUCGAAUACUCUCUGCUAUCUGCGGAAUCCCACUGUCUAUCUGCUGGGGUCUCUAUUUCGCCUGCCUCUCCUUCUGUCACAUCUGGACCAUUGUGCCCUGCAUCAAGAGCUGUCUGAUUGAAAUGCAGUGCUUCAGUAGGCUCUACUCUCUCUGCAUUCACACCUUCUGUGACCCCUUUUAUGAAGCACUGGGCAAGUUAUUCAGCAACAUUCGUGUCACUUUACAAAAGGAGGUUUAAUUUCUCACUAUGUCUUCUUUCAAAACAUGUACCCUUGCGGAAGGCUUAGCCGCUAAAUUGCCAUAUUUCAUUCAGAACUUUUAAAAUUGUAAUUCACUUCUUCUGUUGAAAUGGUUAUAACUUUACCUCACUACUUUUCCCCACGUUUGAUCAUUGUAAAGUUCUAAAAACGUCUGAGAAUUUGUAGACAGAUAUUACUAUUACACCCAAUAUUGCCUGAGUCAUUCUUGUCUGCUGUGUC